AUGGCCGACGCAAAAUACAAUCUCCAUCCCGUCGAGGGUGAAGGUGACGCAGGAUUCUUUGACUACGUUGCAGCUCAUAACAAGAAAUGGUCGACACCGACUCCAGAGCUCGAAGCAAUCUUUGAAAAGUAUGGCAGGCCCAAGCCAUGGCUGCCUUCUCGGAAACGACUCGACCUGGGAAGGAAGGGCACAGCAGCGAAUGCGAAACGAUUCAUGCAGACGCCUUUUGUGAAGCAAACACUAUCUAGCAUACCCGGCCCAGACUGCUCUACUCAGGAGAGGACGAUCAGGACUGGCUCCAGUGGCAUCGAUAUACCAGUUCGUAUCUAUACGCCAGGAUCGAGGCCAAUGGGACGACCUGUCAUCAUAAUGGCGCACCAGGGAGGCUUUUGCACGGGAGACCUCAACAGCGAGGAAUUUAUCUGCCGUCUACUGUGCCGAAGCGUCGGGAUGAUAGUCAUUGACGUCGCUUACCGUCUGGUACCGGAACACAGUCUGCAUGACUCGCGCGAUGAUGUUUACGACGUUAUUGAAUGGACUUCGAAGAACGGCGCUUCGCUGGGAGGUGAUCUCGGGAAAGGAUUCCUCAUUGGCGGCGUCAGUGCUGGUGGUAUUCACACCCUCAACGCUCUAUACAGAGCCAGAGACAACAAGCUGCAUCCAGCAAUUACUGGAGUAUUUAUUGCCUGUACAGGAGUUCCUACCGAGCUCCAAGACGCAACACAAUCUUGGUCGUUCCUUCCUGAGAAGCUACCGUCCGCGAAGCAGAAUGAGUUCGCUCCUUUCUCGGAAAAAGCAACAAAUCUGUGCUAUGGAGAACUGGCAGAUGCGCGGGUGGACGAUCCCGAGAUGACAGUACUAUACCGAGCAGAUCAUAGCAAGCUACCGCCUUUGUACUACCAGACAGCGGGAAUGGACCUGUUUCGUGAUGGAGCUCUCUACUGGCAGCACCUGUACCGAAAAUCUGGGAAUCUAUGUCGGACUGAGAUUUAUCCCGGAGUGCCUCACUUGUGGUGGCUGUUCUACUCACAGCUGUCGGUAACGAAGAAAUGGGCCAACGACGUUGUUCUAGGUGUACGGUGGGUGUUACAGCAGGGACAGAACGAUACAGUCAAGUCACAAUUGUAG